AUUAAUAACGACUUGUUUUGUUCACUUUCCGUACUUAGCCUUGUAGUCCUUCCAAAGCUCAUCCACGCUCUUCCCAAGCAACUCCUUGAAAAAAGUUACGUUAUAACCAUCUCUCAACUUCUUAUUAAGCUCGGCCACGAACCCAUCGUUCCUCAAUCCGUCGCAAUAAUCCAAAAACAUAGCCGUAACGUCGUAGCCUUGGUCCCACUUAUCGCCCUCCCCCGGUUUGACCCAACGACCCGGCGGCGGGGCCAAACCGGCUCUCAACCUAACGAAAUCCGCAAUCCCUUCAAUCAAUCCACCCGGGGCAAUGUCCCCUUGCCCGCCACCCAACCACUGCCACACGUGCGUCAUCUCGUGAUACACCACUCCAGCCACCUCACGCCUGACGUCAUUGCCGCCGUCGGAGUAGCUCCCGACGUAUUGGGCGCUGAGGCUGAUCUCGUUGUCCGAGGUGUAAGCCACGCCGUCCAUGUCCUUCACCAGCAACGUCACGUUGGAGAAGUCUCUCCGGCUGCCGUUGGUGGUCUCGCGGAAGACACUCGUCCAUAUGAAAUUGGUGGCGUUGGACAUGACGUGGCAGGUGUAGUUGGUGCCGACUUGGCGCGUGAAGAUGGCACCGCCGGCUGUUUCCGGCGUGGUAUUGAUGGCGGUGAAGUUGAUCACUUGUGCGACGGCGGCGGAGAGAGAAACAAGGAGAGAAAGGAGGAAAAUGUUUUGAGACAUGUUUAUGGUUUAAUUAAUUUGAUCGGUCCAUGGGGUUUAUUAUAA